CACUCUCGUCUUUUGUCUUAAUCUCCCACUUUCUCGCGCUGAUUUCCACCCCUUUUUCGGAAGAGGCGAGCAGCGUCGAGGCCGAGAAACUGCUGCGGGUAUAAAAGCCUCGAGUCGCCAACUUGUCGACACCCUCAGACGUGCUGCCAGCCACUGCACUGCGCCGUGCGUUUUAAAGGCGCCAAGCGAAGCGAAACCCGAGCGCUCGUUCAGGCGGAAGACGAAGCCCAACUUUCUUUCUUUUCCUCUCGGAAGUUUCGAGCAGGACCAGCGGAAUCGUUGCCUCUUUAUCCGUCAACGCGCUUUUUUUCUUUUUCUCAUCGCCUCCGAAGGUUGCGGUUUCGAGAGACGCUACGGGAAUGCUGACGAUUCUCUUACUAGGCCUUCUACUAGCGACAGCUUACAGCGAAGAUGGCAAAGGGGAAGAGACGCUUGACACAGAAGGUCACAGCUUCGGCAGCCUUGGUCAGGCUACGACUUUUCGGCAAGCUGGAAAUUUCCUGCAGGCAGCUCCAACGUAUGGACGUUCGACGUACGGGCAGUCGGCAGGAAUAGACCGUCCGCAGCCAUUCGACUUCGGCUACAAUGUUCAGGACGAGUUCGGCAACAACCAGUUCCGCCAGGAGAAAGGUGACGAAUCAGGUUCGGUACAAGGGACCUACGGUUACACUGACAGCUAUGGCGUCUACCGUAAGGUGCAUUACGUGGCCGACCAGAACGGCUUUCGAGCAGACAUCAAGACCAACGAGCCGGGCGUCAAGCAGGAGAACCCAGCCGACGUACAGCUUGUCGUCGAGCCCCCACCGCAGGGCGUGCUUCAGCAGGCACUGACAAGCUCAAGGUCCGCGGGCUUCGCAAAGCUCCCCGCUGUGGCGGCACCCGGCCAACCGAGAUUCCCGUCGGGCCUAAAUGCCUGAAAAGCUCCUGGUAUGCGCACGCGGAAGCUGCCGGCGGUGUGGUCUCGUCGCGUACUUCACUGGACGUGGAGUCGAUCCGUUUGCGUGCAUCCGAAAGCCAGUCAGAUAUUCAACUUGAGACUUUCAUCUUGUGGUACGGUUACUUGCGCUUCUCUUAAGAACUUGGGAGAGGGGUAAAACAGACACAAUAGUCUAUUUUACCCAUGUUCCACGUUCUUAAGAGGAGCACGAGUAAUCGUAGCACGAAUUUCUACAACUAGCCCACAGCUUCAUCUUGUGGUAUGUGCAGCGCUCACGUUAAUAACGGCGACAACCUAUAUAUACGAAAGCGCGCAGGGCAGUCGCUCUGUAGCAACUAUGCAUUGCUACGUUGAGCGAGGGAAAAAGAGCGCUUCGUCGCUCUAUACUUUUCGUUGUGCAACUAGAUAGCAUAAUUCUGUCUUUUUAUUUGUUUGUUUUCUAGUUUAGUGCUUAGUGCAGGCUCUGUUGGCCGUGACAUAGCGGUGGCUGCUAUGAUAGCGUCGAGUGAUAUACCGCAACGCGUGCACCAUGCUGUCAGCAGACUUCUUCCUCUCACGCUCCUCACACGUUAGGUUUGCUUCCCACAAACGCUCUACGUACUGGCAUGCAUAGAAAUUUCGUGCGCGCAAAGCAAAUAUAUUAGAUAAGUCCUGAAUAAAUUUAUUUACUUUAACAGUUCAAUCCUUGUAAUCACGUGGGACCGGUCAGUGGGGAAUAUAUCUGUAUGGAAUAUAUCUCCGGUAUGGAUCAGCUCAGAUUAUGAAUGAGCGACGAGCGGCUUAAAACCUUGUCAUCCUGCAGACUCCCUGAGCGGUGCUUUGUUCUUUACAAGAAACGUUCUUAUCAGAAACGUGCUAGUAUAGAAACUUCGGUUUCGAAAGUAUUGCGCUUCCUCUAUCAUAUCUUUCUGGGGUCUAAAUUGGCGAUAACGAGCGAUUUGUUUAAACUAUCAAAUCAACUGUCAGCAUAGACACUCGCAAGCGUCAUGCUUUUUUCCCGUGAAUGAGGUUAGCCUGUCUUGUGUUUGAGAACCCAUAUGAUCGGUGCAGGACUCGGAACAGACAUGCUGAGAAGGUUCUUUCCUCGUAUAUUUCUAGAAGUUACGCCAGGAAAGCGUAAACAUUCUUGGUGGUGAAAGUUGUAUAAGCCUCUAUAGAUAGUUUGUUUCGAUGUACCUAUAGCAAUCACAUUUCAUAAGUCAAUGUUACCUCUGCUUGGAGAUACAUAUGGCGCAACAUUUAUUAUGUAUUUCCCUCAUGUUGUGGCGUUACACCUACCCACCGAAAUCAUACUUCUUACGACUUCUUUGGUGUCAACAAAUUCAUGGUGCAGAGAGCUCAACUUGUAUGCCUUAUAAUGAUCAUACUUUUCAAUACAACCACGAACGAAGCGUCCGAGAACGCACAUAAAGUUCAUGGUGAACACGUUGCCUCUGUUCUACAUCACCACGUAUGAAACAAAAUGAAAUACGUAAAGUAAAUAAACGAUGGCUGCCACUCCGGUUCGACACUACUCGAAACGAGGUACACGCUACCGACGGACGAAGUGACUUCAAGCAUAGCCGUAUCGUGAUGAGUUCAUACUGCCGCAGGAAUGAAACAUUCCUAAGGUGCGUACCGAUUUUCAAGCCUCGCUAGGCGCAUUAUGCAAUAAGCGACUUGUUUUUCCAUGUCUGUAAGGCGUCCCGAGCUCCCGUAUUAUGACAGGACACGAUAUAACUCGCACGGAGCCGCGAUGGUAGACACGUCAGUGGUGGGCACUAAAAGAAAAUGAAACAAGAAGUGACGUGAUAGGCCAAGUCACGCCUGUUUCCCACUCCGUCUUGUAUGCGGUUGACGCGUGUCUGGAAAAGGGAGCUUGUACGCUGCAGGUCUCACAUAUUUCACGUGAGCGCACCCCAGGUUGGUGUUUGCUCGUUUUUCUUUGCUGGUUUGUUUUUAUGCCUGUCCUUUCUGGGUGGGGCCUUACUCUUUAAGGCGGCUGCGCCGCAAGACGUCCUAUGUAUGCCGCAUGCUUGUUGCCGCUUCUGUAUUUGUCUGUUGUACAUAGAUGCCAUUCUUUUCAUUUUCGUACUUUACUCGCUGUUGUCUCGCGGACUUCGUGAUGUCGGGAUCAAUAAACAAUAUUUCUUUAAA